GCUGCAAAUAUGGCGUCUCCUAUUAUCUUGGGAGGUCGAGGUUUUGGAUCAGUUUGUCGAAUAGCAGCUAUUCGUGGAGCUGCUACAGCUGCUCCAGCUCAACCAGCCAAACCCGAAAAGACCACAUUCGGAAACCUUAAGGAUACUGAUCGCAUAUUCACUAAUCUUUAUGGUCGCCAUGACUAUCGUUUGAAGGGCGCUUUGGCUCGUGGUGACUGGUAUAAGACGAAGGAGAUCAUUCUCAAAGGAUCAGAAUGGAUCAUUAAUGAAGUGCGUAAAUCUGGUCUACGUGGAAGAGGAGGUGCUGGAUUUCCAGCUGGAAUGAAAUGGGGUUUCAUGAGCAAGCCAUUCGAUGGACGCCCGAAAUAUCUGGUUGUGAACGCUGAUGAAGGAGAGCCAGGUACCUGUAAAGAUCGCGAAAUUAUGCGACACGACCCACACAAAUUGAUCGAAGGAUGUUUGAUUGCUGGUGUGGCGAUGGGAGCUCGCGCAGCUUAUAUUUACAUCCGUGGCGAGUUUUACAAUGAGUCCUGCAUUCUUCAAGAGGUCAUCAACGAGGCAUACAAGGCUGGAUACCUCGGUAAAGAUUGUCUUGGAACAGGAUACUCGUUCGAUGUGUUCGUACACCGUGGAGCUGGUGCAUACAUUUGCGGAGAGGAAACGGCGUUGAUUGAGUCGAUAGAGGGAAAGCAAGGUAAACCACGUCUGAAGCCGCCAUUCCCUGCUGACAUCGGCUUGUUCGGUUGUCCGACCACAGUUACCAAUGUGGAGACGGUAGCCGUUUCACCGACGAUUUGCCGCAGAGGCGGUGACUGGUUUGCAUCGUUUGGACGCGAACGCAACCGUGGAACAAAGUUGUUUUGCAUUUCUGGCCAUGUGAAUAAUCCAUGCACGGUGGAGGAAGAGAUGUCCAUCCCCCUCAAAGAGCUCAUUGAGCGACACUGCGGUGGAGUUAUUGGCGGAUGGGAUAAUCUUCUGGCGAUUAUUCCUGGAGGAUCAUCUGUCCCUCUCAUUCCCAAAAGCGUAUGUGACAAUGUUCUUAUGGACUUCGAUGCUUUAAUAGAAGUACAGUCCGGUCUGGGAACAGCUGCUGUGAUCGUCAUGAAUAAACAGGCGGAUAUUGUCAAAUGCAUUGCUCGUCUUUCGUUGUUCUACAAACACGAAUCCUGCGGACAGCAUGCUGCUAUUUUUCAGUGUACACCAUGUCGAGAGGGUUGUAACUGGUUGAAUAAGGUCAUGUGGCGAUUUGUCGAUGGUAAGGCGAAACCGAAUGAAAUUGAUAUGCUAUGGGAGAUAUCAAGGCAAAUGGAAGGACAUACGAUUUGUGCUUUUGCUGACGCUGCUGCUUGGCCAGUACAGGGACUGAUUCGUCAUUUCCGUCCGGAGCUGGAACGUCGUAUGGCGGAAUUCCAUGAGCAAGUGCAAGCGGAGGGUGGCAGAAAGCUUCAAGGAGUCAGUGGGCAGUAUUGA